GCCGCUAGUUUGCGGCUAUUUCUUGGUUUUCGGGUCAGGUCGGAGGUAUUUUGGAGGACAUUUCAUCAUGGCCCUGAGGGGGAUCCGACUGGUCAUCCCGACGGGAACAAGUGCUUUCAAAGCGGUGAAUGCUGUACAGAAGGCCGGUGUUCACACAAGCUCAGUGAGAAGCCUGCGAUAUGGCUGGUGGGCCUACGCGCUGGGCGAGAGGACGACGCCGCGGUUUCAGCAGUACAGCAAAAUCAUCUCUGUAGAUGGCAACUUGGCCUCAGGGAAAGGAGCGCUGGCCCAGAGUCUGGCUGACAAGCUGGGGAUGCACUACAUGCCCGAGCCUGACACUUUCUACUUGGACAAGAUGACGGGAGAGAAGCAACCUCUCGCUGUCGACUUCAACGGGAUGUGCAGCCUGGAGAAAUUCUACACAGACCCCAAGGCUGCCGACGGAAACACCUACAGGCUGCAGCUGUGGAUGUACAAUAUGAGACUGCUCCAGUACGCCGACGCCAUCGAACACCUGCUCACCACAGGCCAAGGAGUGAUCCUGGAGCGUUCCCCCUUCAGUGACAUGGUCUUCCUGGAGGCCAUGUCGAAACAGGGCUACAUCAGGAAGGAGUGUGUGCAGCACUACAAUGAGAUCAAAGACAUCAGCAUAUGCGAGUUCCUGCCCCCACACCUCAGCAUUUAUGUGGAUGUGCCAGCUGAGGAGGUGCAGAAGAGGCUGAAACAGAGCGGCAAGUCUUAUCUUCAGAACGUGCCCCUGAUGUAUCUGAAGAGCAUCGAGGAUAGCUACAAGAAGACUUUCCUGCCCAAAAUCAGCGAAACAUCAGAGCUGCUCGCUUACGAUGCAACCCAAGCCCAGGAUAUUGAAAAAGUGGCAGAGGACAUCGAGUAUUUGAAGUUUGAAAAAGGACCAUGGCUGGAGCAGGACGACGUCACCUACCACCAAAUGAGAAUGCUCGUGGAAGACAAACACAAGGUGGCGAGCCUGACCCAGAUACCCAAGUUCCUGCCAGAGAUUACAAUCGGGGCCCACGACUAUGAUGAAAAAUAUUACGCCUAUAAAUCGCUCCCUGGGAAGAAGUACGCCGAAGGUUAUAACGCAGAUGUCGGAGACAAAUACAUCUGGCUGAAGUAAACCACAUGCGGUUAAUGAACCUGAAUCAACCCUCAUCAUUGAUCAGCUCCCUGGGUGAACUGUGGACUGUUUGUCCAUGUUUGUCCCACAUGUCCUCUGUUGUACAUCCUAAAUAAUAUGUAUUAAAAAAGAAUAAAACUUGAAUCUAUUA